UCGUGACAUCGAUUGGUGUGGUGACUUUUCGGGCGAAGAGGGUUUGGGCUCAAAGUGGGUUGGACUUGGCACUACUCUCACAGUCAGCUGGGAGGUAUAUAACACAGAGAACGACCCUCUUUUCAUCGACACCUCCUCUCUUCUCGUGUGGUUCGCUGCAAGUCCAUACUCGAACGGAUCAGAUCGCAAGAAGCUCUCGCCGACCAUAACAUGUUCGUCCGAGCUCUUACCCUCUCGACGCUGCUAGCGUCAGCCUUGGGUCAAUCAUCGACCUCGACCCAGGACCAAGUUAUCAUCAGUUCUACUCCUACCGCCUCUUCUCAACCCGCUCCAACAUCUGCAUCGGUAUCGGCGUCAGCAUCAUCCGGUGCUACCUCCCAAGCCGUCCUCCCCGCCAACUCGGCCCAACCGACAACGCUCACAGUAUCAACUACGCUGGUAUCUUUCGUAGCUACUUCGAGUACCUCGGAUGUACCUGUAGCUACGGCCACUCCGGCUGUCCCGACGGGGGAGGGGGAGGGGGAUGUGGUGCCUUAUGCGCCUGAACCUCCUACGCAGUACUGGUGCGAACAAGGCUCAAACGCCUCAUACUGCGCCGGCCCGCUCCUCCAGCUCGUCCAGCUGUCCCAGAUUUAUGGCGAUUCCAAGACGUUUAGCGAUAAACCGACUAGGUUGGGUGUUAAUCAGACUUUCCAGGCGUUUGGGGAGUUGCCCCAGAAUGCGACUUAUGGGGAGGUGCUGGAUUUCGCUGAGGAGUACUUUACCGGAGAAGGCCAAGAACUCAACCCGGUCACCAUCCAAGGGUUCAACUCUACACCCGCCGUGCUCGACCAGAUCGACGAUCAGUUUUAUAAAGGGUUUGUCAGUCUGGUGAAUGGGUAUUGGGCUUUGCUUAUUAGGGAGACGAACGAGUCGGCAAUCUGUAAUGGGACCAACUGUGAUUCAUCGUUGAUCCCGUUGAACAGGACGAUCGUCGUCCCGGGAGGUCGGUACCGGGAGAUUUAUUAUUGGGAUUCGUACUGGAUCCUCGAAGGCCUGCUGCGAAGCCAACUGUAUUCAUACGCCGAAGACCUGCUCGUCAAUUUCAUGGACCUGGUCGAGUCUUACGGGUUCUUGCCGAACGGAGGGAGGAAGUAUUAUUUGAACAGGAGUCAGCCGCCGGUCUUCACUAUGAUGGUCAACUCUUACGUUCAGGUGACGGGUAAUACGUCGGUGCUUGAACGAGCUUUGCCGAUCUUGGAGACCGAACUCGAAUGGUGGCGAGUCAACCGAUCCAUCUCGAUCACGUCCCCUUACACGAGCCAAAACCACACGGUCUACCGAUACGACGUCUCGAUCAACACGGCCCCGCGCCCGGAAGGAUAUAUCGAGGACUUUAACACCGCCUUUGGCGCCGAACCCGCUCUGAACGAGUCGCAGCGGUCCGACCUCUACGCCGAGCUCGCCACCGGUGCUGAAAGCGGGUGGGACUACAGCAGUCGAUGGUGCAAGGAACCCUUGUUGAACGUGACCGACAACCUCCCUGCGCUCCGGACUUUGAACGCACGGGCUAUCAUCCCCGUUGAUUUGAACGCCUUGCUUUACGGGGAUCACGUGCUUUUGGCCGACUUGUACGAGCGGUACAUGGCCGAGAUGAACGGGUCGGCGGACAAUGCGACGAUGAGCAACUUGACGAGCAAGGUCACGCAGCACAGGAUGAUCGCCAACGAGACUAGGGAGGCCAUCAUCGAUCUUCAUUGGGAUGCCGACAAGAAGUACUUCUACGAUUUCAAUACCACCGCCGAUGCCAGGGCCGACUUGUUCCACGCCGGUGGAUUGUUCCCUCUGUGGCAAAACAUCACUCCUCCCGAGAUCGUCUCGAACGAGACGGCCGCCUUGCAGGUGUUCGAGGGGAUCCGCUACAUUGCCGGAAAGUAUUCUGGUUCGCCCAGCGUUGCGACGCUGCUCGAGACUGGUCUCAACUGGGACUUCCCCAACGUCUGGCCUCCCCACACCUACACCUCGAUCAAAGCGCUCGAGACUGUCGGCAGGCUGUACCCCAAUGGGACGGUCUUGGAUACGGUCCUCUCCACCGACUUUUCGGCGAUCCCUACUGGCCAGCUCGGGAUGAACGAGACUGACCUCCCUGUACAACCCGCCGACGCCAUCGGACCCAACUCGGAAUUGUUCGCUAAGAAUGUCGCUGAGAUCCAGGCUGGCAAGCCUUGGUGGCAAGCGAUCGCCAUCGAGUAUGCGAACCGAUACAUGCAGUCGACCUUCUGUAGUUGGUAUGCAACUGGAGGAGAGAUUCCUGGUCUGCUCCAGUCCCUUCCAGGUGAUGCUAGGUCGGGCAACGCGGAAGACAAUGGCCACAUGUUUGAGAAAUUCAACGGGACGGAUGUCGAUGCUGCCGGAGGCGGAGGCGAAUACGAAGUGGUCAUCGGAUUCGGCUGGACGAACGGAGUCGUGCUCUGGACUGCCGGUGAAUACGGUCAAUACCUCGCCACUCCUACUUGUCCCUUGAUCACCAUCAUCGAGAACGACAAUUCCACCAUGACGACCAUGGGGAACGGCACGACCAGCUCGAGCUUGUUCCGUGGAGUUCAGCUCCCAAGGACUGGGGCAUAGGCACGUAUCGAGGCGGUAGGAAAAGUAGACACGGGAGAAGGACACGAGCUAUAAAUCAAAAUGUGACCUAUAUACAGUAUACAAAGCAGGCAAAACGUGAUAAGCCAGUUGGAGAAUUUGGAUUUAUCAUAAUUACAUGAUCGCAGAACUCGAG